UCACUUCACAAGGCAGAAAUUGUUACCCGGGCAAUAAAAGUCAUCGCGGCUCUAGGACCUUGGGAGUGGGCACAUGGGGGCACGGGGGUGCAGGUGCCGAGCACCAUGGGUUAGGCCCGAGAUCGGAGUCCGGCCGCCCCCCGACAGCAGCCGCCUCCUGCUCCCCGCGCGCCCCGGGCGCCACCAUGUCGGGCGACAAGCUCCUGAGUGAACUUGGCUAUAAGCUGGGCCGCACGAUAGGUGAGGGCAGCUACUCCAAGGUGAAGGUGGCCACCUCCAAGAAGUAUAAAGGGACGGUGGCCAUCAAGGUGGUGGACCGUCGGCGAGCGCCUCCAGACUUCGUCAACAAGUUUCUGCCUCGAGAGCUGUCCAUCCUGCGGGGAGUACGGCACCCGCACAUCGUGCACGUCUUCGAGUUCAUCGAGGUGUGCAACGGGAAGCUGUACAUCGUCAUGGAGGCAGCAGCCACCGACCUGCUGCAGGCAGUGCAGCGCAACGGGCGCAUCCCGGGCUCACAGGCGCGCGAACUCUUCUCCCAGAUCGCGGGUGCCGUGCGCUACCUGCACGACCACCACCUGGUGCACCGCGACCUCAAGUGCGAAAACGUGCUGCUGAGCCCGGACGAGCGCCGCGUCAAGCUCACGGAUUUCGGUUUCGGCCGUCAGGCGCACGGCUACCCAGACCUGAGCACCACCUACUGCGGCUCGGCCGCCUAUGCGUCACCUGAGGUGCUCCUGGGCAUCCCCUACGACCCCAAGAAAUACGACGUAUGGAGCCUGGGCGUUGUGCUCUACGUCAUGGUCACCGGGUGCAUGCCCUUCGAUGACUCGGACAUUGCUGGCUUGCCCCGGCGCCAGAAGCGCGGUGUGCUCUACCCCGACGGCCUCGAACUGUCGGAACGAUGCAAGUCCUUGAUCGCCGAGCUGCUACAAUUUAGCCCAUCCGCCCGGCCCUCGGCGGGCCAGGUGUCGCGCAAUGGCUGGCUGCGGGCCGGGGACUCCGGCUAGGAGCCGGGGUUCUCGCUGUUCCCGCCGCACCAGGCCCUGAGCCAGGGCGGUGCACGCGCGACAGGCGAGCUUCGGGAAACCCGCGAAGUCGCCGCGCGCCACUGCGCACGAGCCCUGUCCUUCCCCCUGCCCCCACGGCGGCGGCCCGCAGAGGCCGGCUGUUGGAUUCUGGUUCCUCCUGCACAACCCGAUUGCUGGAGGGCGCAUGCGCAUCCUCGAUUUCUGGCGAGAAGGCCCCGGGAGGGGCGCGAAGAAAAGAGAGGGAAGCAUUGCGCCUGCGCGGAAUGAGCUCCUGCUGCGCGAUGGGUGGCCCCGGCGCGGAGAAGCUGCUGGCCGGCGGUGCACUCCACGUUCCAGGUUGGAACCUGCAAUAAAUUCGCUCUUCCUCGCAAGUGG